AUGAUGGAGGUGGAGGCGGAGAGCUGCUGGCAGCGACUGCUCCGGCUGCUCCUUCUGCUCGGCCUCCUGCCUCUCCGCAGCUCGGCCAUCGAGACCGUGAAUGUGGUGGACUUCUGUGGUCAGACGAUCCGCGGUGACGGCAUGAUCGUCAACUCGCACCAGGAAUCCAAGAAGUACUACUUUGUGACAAUGGCGACUGACUGCCACCUCACUAUGCAGGCCAGCUCCCCUAAAGACAAGGUCCAGUUCCACUUCCGCUUCUUCCUGGUCUACAGUUUGCUACGAGUGGCCCCUCUGAGCCCGGCCCCUCUCUUUCCAGAGUCGCCUCGUGGCUCCGCCCCUCUCAACCCCAGACUGGAGCCCACCUCUGGUGAGAGCUCAGGGGACCCGUGUCAUGCCGGCUCAUACGUUCAGUUCUAUGAUGGACGGGACAGGAGCUCGCCUCCCCUCGGGCCCCCUCUUUGUGGGAAGAGCCCGCCACGGCCAGUGUUGUCCACAGGAAACUACCUGACCCUGAGGCUGGUGACCCGGGGGACUCAACCCAGGGUGGACUUUGUUGGGGACUUCACCUCCUUCAGACUGGGUUUCAACCAAUCAGAGUGCAGCAAUGAGCCCUAUUUCACCUGCAGAAAUGGGAAGUGCAUCCCUCUCAGUCUGGUGUGUGAUGAUAAAGGCAUUGACAACUGUGGGGAUGGAAGUGACCUUGAGGAAAACCUGACUACAGGUUGUAAAGCAGGUCAGCUUUUACCUCCUGAACCUCCACCACCAAUCGCAACCCCGCCACCACCUUUUGUGAAUCCACCCACUGUGCCGAUUCCUGCACACAUUAACUGUGGCAUGCCGGAAAGCACUCCCAGUCAUGAGUCAGCAACAGACUCCCCUGCCUCUCUGUCCCUGUUGGUUCUCUACAUCAUCCUGGGAGUGCUGGCAGGCAGCGUGGUGCUCUGCUGGUGCUGCUGGUCACCCGGCUGGUUCCUGUGGCGCGUCAGCAUCUGUCGCUUCGUACCCUGCUGCAACUCUGCCUGCGCCUCCUGCCAGCUCUGCGCCAGAAGCUGCACCCACGGCAAGGAUCGCCGACUGGCAAAAGUCACCCCGCACACACCAGUCAACGGGACCCCAGCAGCCACGGCGGCCACCACCAACAGUGCUGAUGAAAACGUCACCACAGCAGCUGUCUAGAGCAG